AACGACAGUGCAUCAGCAGCGCAUUCGACAUAGAAAAUACGUCGACGUAGACUCCGUCGACGAUUCCGACUAUGACCCGGCAGGCAUCCAGCCAUCGAGUACGGACAGUAUGGAGUUUGAAUCGGACGGCCCGGACGCAGAGAGCGACCAUGCUGAAUUGGAGGUACCGCCGACCGACUGGUCGACUGAGAGAAGGACCGAAAGUGAAAAAAACGGAAAAACUGAUAGAAAAGGGACUCCACAAAAAGCGAAGAAUUUCACGAAAGCCGUCGCACAUAACAAGCCACCGGGGGGAGCUGUCAUUAUUCCUAAUGGUGUCGGAGUCCAACUAAAAGCGAAGCCGAUCACCACACAACCUGUCACACCAUCGGUGAAUAACGUGAGCUCUGUCGCCGGAAAGCCCGUAGCUCCCAUGUCAAAGGAUGAGAACUCGGUGCCCGGAGCGCCAGCUGCGCCAGGUGCACCAGCUGCGAAUGACGCGAAAUCUGUUCCCGGAAAGUCAUCAGCGCCCUCUGUCAAGGAUGAAAAGUCGAUGGAUGGAAAGCCACCGGCGGCUUCUUCGAAUAGCGCAAAAUAGGUGACCGCUGGGGCCGCCCUACAUUAAGCUCGAUGGUGUGGGUGGUAGCAUUGAAAUGUUAUGUAGGACGCCUAUAUGCAAUUCGACCUUGGCUCAUUAUCACUGCGAUUUUUUCGCAAUUAUUAAAUAGUGGGAGAUAUUAAAUAAUUAAAAAAAAAAUUAAAAUAAUAAUGAAAUUAGUGCAAAAUAAGUGACCGAUUGGGCAGUACCGCCCUGCAUAAAUAAAAGGCGUCCAUGGAAAUCAAGUUCUGCUCGAUACGAAUGACGGUAAUCCUAGAUCUGUGCCUGCGUGACCCGUGUGAGUGCCAGCUAAGGCAAUUAGCAGAUAUGAUGAUAGACUUUGUAGCGCUCGAUGGUGUGGCUGGUGACAUUGACAUGUUAUGGAGGUCGGCUAUACGUCAUUCGACUUUGUUUCACUGCGAUCAGCAUGAUUAACAAAAUUAGUUAACAAUUAUUAAAUAGUUGAAGUUAUUAAAUUAAUUUAUAAAAUAAUUAGAGUAAUAAUUAAAUUGGAUAUAAUUAUAAAUUAUAAAUUGGUAAAAAUUAGAAUAAUAAAAAAACACCUGAUCAUAGGGGUGAUAUAACUCGUUACACUUCUUAAUGCCUCGUAAUAAUCUUAGCAAACAUAAUUAUCAUGUAAAUCAUCGAAAACAUAAUAUAUUUAUUCUUGUGAUUACGGGGUAUCGGUUCGUGAGACUUAAUUGUACUUUAGCCUUAUAUACUAACUAUAUUUAUCAUGUAUUUUGUUAUUUUGUAAUUAAUCAAUUUGUCCAUGUUUGUUGUACGUGCGAUGUUAAAGUUUCACUCGUGUUGUUAUUGCUCAUUUUACUAAUGUCGAAAUCCUGCACGUAGCAAUGAUAGCUUGCUUAAUUACCGUAAAUAAAUAAAUCGGUACUUAGUUAUCCAAGA